CAGCCGCCAUCAUGAUAACCUAUGCCGAUGCAUGUCUCGGAACCAUAUCAGUUGCUACCACUCACGGAGCUCUUCAAGACGGACACAUUCCGUUUAGUCUUAUUGGCUGUGUAAGGAUCCGGGGAAUACGUCGCUUGCAUGCGGAGUAGCGGCAAUAAUCAUGGGAUGCGUUCUAAAUGGCGCAGAUAACAUUUAGGAGUUCAUAUUCCCGAUUGGGACUAAUGGACUCGACAGGCUAGAAUACAGGUAUUUAAAGAGGCAUGGUCACUACGGCUUUCGAAAUACCUCUACCAGAUCUUUAGACACGAUCACACUUGUACUCUAUUGUGACUUCUUUCAAAGACUAUCAUGGCUUCAAUGCUGCACUACCUUCGCUUCGGCAACAACGCCCCCCAGGAAGAAGCGCCGCCAGCCAAAGACACUCCUGUGCGUGCUUUGCCCGCAUCAUGGUACACCUCCCAGGAGAUGUACGAGUUGGAGCGCCGUGCCAUCUUCUCCAAGAGAUGGCUUUUUAUGACCCACAGCUCGCGUAUCAAGGAGGCCGGCGACUGGCUCCGCUACGAACUUGCGGGUUUCGACUUCAUCAUUAUCCGUGACCGCCAGAACAACAUCAACGCAUUCCACAACGUAUGCCGGCACCGUGCGUAUCCAGUGAUUGAGAAGCAGGGUCAAGGAAAUGCCAAGAUCAUCGCUUGCCGGUAUCAUGGCUGGUCCUACGGACUCAACGGCAAACUGGCCAAAGCUCCCGGGUACCAAGAGCUAGAUGGAUUCAACAAGGAGCAGAACAGUCUCUUCCGCAUCCACGUCAAGGUCGACGUCAAUGGCUUUAUCUGGGUCAACCUGGAUGCGAAGGAAACACCCGAAGUCUCGUGGGAAGAGCACUUCAAGGACGUUGACAAGCAAGAGCGGUACAAGGCCUAUAACUUUGGCGACUACGACCUCAACCAUACCUAUGAGUUAGAGGGUCAUUACAACUGGAAGAUUUUGUCUGACAACUUCAAUGAAUGUUACCACUGCCCUACGACACACGCGGAUAUUCCCGAAUUUCUCAAUCUUGACUCUUUCGACAGCGACACCAAAGAUGGACAUAUCCAACACCAUUGUGUUUCUACACCGGAGCAGCUGGCGAAGGGUUUGUAUACUGCCAGUACUUAUUACUUCCCCACGUCUGCCAUGGUUGUCUCGCCACAUUUCAUGAUGAUCCAGAAGUUCCUUCCCAAAGGUCCGAGCACCUCCUUGAUGGCUUACGAAAUCUAUCGAAACCGGAACUCCUCUGAAGCCGACUUUAAACUGAUCAGUGACAUGUACGAGCGCGUCAUGAGAGAAGACAAAGUCCUCUGCGACAAUGCACAGAAGAAUCUCGACCGAGGAGUCUUUACCAAUGGCCAACUGCACCCCAAGUACGAGAAAGCGCCUCUAUUCUUCCAGAGCACGAUCCGCGAGGUCAUCACGGAGCAUUAUAACCGCGAGAAAGCCGAGGGACAGGAGAUCUGGCCAGCGAGGCCGCAGAUACCCUGUGACACCCAAGUUACUGAGAAAGAUGAGGCACUUUGUGGGGAUCUCUGCUGCCGAGCUCCGAAGGAGACUCUAGUUUGGUGAUGUAAUUUGACAUUAAGAACGGGGCUAUGCUAUUUCCAUUCGCUUUCAAUAGUCCUGCAAGUUUGUUUUUCAUGUAUAGCUAGCCCUAGAUAUCCGUUUCAUUUGGAAUUGAAUUUUUCUCUGAGUUGAC